GGCGAAAGGCCUAAAGUCUGGAACUAAGGAAUUUAAAUUGUAAAUCCAAAUAAUCCAAUUUUAAACUAUGUCGUGAGCCUUGAGAUAAUAAACUAAGCCUUAACUCUUAAGGCGCUGUCCUCUUAUUAAGAAAUAAAUUAUAAAGAAAAUAGAGUAUAGAUAAUAUUAACAUCUUCAGAGURCACAUAUAUGCUAUGUGAUGUCUGGUCUAAAUCAUGUACAAAGAGUUCGUUUAUUGUAUAAAACUAUUUUAAGGCUACACCGAGGCUUACCAACUGAAUUACAAGAACUAGGUCAAGCAUAUGUACGUGAUGAAUUUCGUAGGCAUAAAAACUGUAAUCCUAAAGAAGCUCAAAUAUUCAUGCUGGAAUGGAGUAAAUACACAUUGACACUAUCRGAGCAGCUGUUAAAGAACGCAAAAUCAAAUAUUGGUUUUGGUAAAAACAUUGAUAAACAUGAUGUUGCAUUAGACUCUUUCACAGAUGAUCAAAUUGUACAACUUUAUAAUUUAUUCAAGGAAACAACUGGAAUCCAGGACAAAACUAUUGAAUCUGAGCUUUCAAAAUAAUUCAAUUAGAUUAUGUAUAUUAUACUUAAUUCUUAAAUAUAUUAAUAUUUAUGUUACAACUUUGUAACUUAGCUAGUUGGUUUUAAAUAUAAUAUUUGUUACUGCAUGUAAUUUUAUAACGUGUUGAAUAAUUCAAAUAAUUAAAUAA